AUGGACGCCCUUACGAACUCCCUCCACCCCCCGUCUUUGGUUUCAUCUACUCCGCAGUCCCCGGCGCUUCCAUGGGAGGUCAUCGAGAGGGCCAUCGAUCUCUGCGCAGGCGACAAGGCCACGCUGUGCGCUGUUGCUCUCACCUGCAGCCAGCUCCAUUCUCGCAGCAUCUUUGUUCUGUUCACAGAUGUCGACAUGCAGAGCGAGGAUCAGCUCAUUCAGUUUCACAAUGCUGUCCAAGCUCAGUCCCACCUUCAGCCUAUCGUGCGAUCUCUGUCGUUUCCGUGGGACGACGUCUCUCCAUUCCCCUUGUUGUCCAUCCUCCCCGGUCUCCUCGACUCUACUGGGCUCUAG